UUGGUCUCAGUCUCGAACCGGCUCCCGUCCGCAGAGCAACGUCAUUCACGCUCCUGUUCCCGAGCGUCCAGCAGCAACGCGCUGUCUUCUUUAUUUUCUCUCGGUGACGGACCACAACCGCACCAGCUCACAUUUAUUAUUCAAUCUGCAACAGCGUCAGUCGAGCUCUGUCCGGCUCCUGCUUUUACAUUCACCUAGCUGCAAUGUCCGAGUGAAUUGCGGGAAAUUGUCAAGAAGAAAGUCGGAAUUUUAAUUGCAAAUGCGCGGAAUCAACUGCGUCAAUCCCAAAGUGAAUCGAAAAGUGUUUUCAAUUGAAACUGAAAUCAGUGUGUCUGUUGUGUUAUUAUUCCGUUUGAAAUCAAUUCCACAAUAAGGAGGCGGUUGGGGAAUUUUCUAAAAAAUAAAAAAUAAAAAUCACGGACGGUUUUUUCUUUUUUGUGUGGCGUCAAAGUUUAUUUUUAUCCGCUGGGCCGACGCUUUUUCACAACCACAACAACAACAACAAGGCCUCUCUCUCUCCAGUUUUUCUUUCUGGCUUGGGCAUUCCGUGUUGUUUCUGCAUUUCGGCGGAUCAUGUCCGCCCGCUUCACCGCAUCAUCCGCCCCAUGGAUAACCCGAGCCCGGCAGCAGCCCCAAUCCAGCAAAUAACAUUUUUUCUCCAACUGGACUGGUGUUAUUACUACGACACAACGACGUCUGCUGGCGUGCUGUAUACCGGCCCGUGCCGAGCGACCGGGAUGGACGAGCCGGGCCAUCACGCCAGUGAUCCGUCGCUAUCCCCCUGAAUGGCGCCGCCACUCAAGCAAAGACAACACCAGCAGUCCGCUGCCGGCCACAAAUUCUGACGUGCUCGACACACACACGCGCGGGAGAAAAUAAAACAAAAAAAAAGAAAAAACAUUUGGAGGUGUUGCUGUUGCUGGGCGAUCGCUAUCGUGUCAAUACUUUUGGAACGGGAGAAGGCCGGCGCCUUUCUUUCGAAUUAUUGGUCAAUUAAUAGCAGACGGCAGCUGCUGGGACGGACGGCGGGAUGCCGACCUCGGCCGAUUACGAGAUUUCCACCGACGAUCAUCAGAGUCCCGCCAAUGCCAAUCUCAGGGCUCAAAAGAUGAUCGGCGAAGUGAACAGCCUUGUGGCUCAGUUCCGGCAGCUACUCAUCAACAUCGGCCAACCGAAAGAUUCGCCGGAUGUGCGCGAGAAAAUCCGCCGGCUGCGGCGCCAGUGCGUCGAGUCCUGCAAGCACACCAACCAGCUCCUCCUACCGCAGAUUCACAGCGAUAUCGCCGCCGGGAUUCCGCUGGACAAGGACCACGUCAUCCACUUCUUCUGCAGUUGCCAGUUGCUGGUCCGCGAGCUGCACAAGAGCCACCGUCUCAUCCAGCGGAAGCCGCUCGACAUGACCAGCUUUUACGAAAAUCGAGCCGGCCCUUCCAAUUUGGGGACGGUGUUCAGUCAGAUCAUUUUGUGCAAACAACUGGCGCCCGAUUUCAACGCCGAGGAACUGCGAUCCAUCCGCAAGGACUCGGAGGACAUCCAGCGGCUCAUUGACGAUCUCUCCGAGUUCAUGCCCAUCGAGGAAUCCCACGGACGGGCUUUCGCCCUGGCCGGCGAGGACAAGUUCAGCGUGUGGGCCAAACAACGAAUGCUGAUCAACCGGCGACAGCGGGUGGCCACAUCCAAUCCGCUCUGCCGCAACAUUCGCGCCUUGUGCUGCUUCGCCAAACCCAGUUACCUUUGAGUCUUGUCCGUCUUCUCUCUCUCUCUCUGCCCAGCUGUCGGUCGGCCAUCACUGCGCGGAAUUCCGGACUGCACCAAAACUUUCGCUUCUACUGCUGCUGCUGUCCCGCCCCCGCCACACAUCCAAUUUUCUCUCUCGGCCGGUUGCAAAUGAAACUGCCAAAAUGACGGACGACAUCACGCGGCGGGCGAACGGCCUGGCGCGGAAUACAAAAUUCAUUCCUUAACGUGUACAUAUACAUAUACCUAUCAGCGGGUGGAACAAAAAAAUAAUGAAAAGCGGUUAAGAGUGAAACGUUAUAUAACUCCUUUUGUAUACAUCUCUCUCGUCCCGUGCGGUCCGCGGACGGGCGAAAAGAAAUAAAAAUGAUUUUCAUUUAUUGAUCAAUAAAAAAAAAGAUGGCCCUUUUUUCUAUAUCAUCCUUUUUUUUUCUCUUUCAUAUUGUGCGUCGUGUGUAAUAUUUUGGAGUUGUGUCUCUCGCGGUCGUCGCAUCAAAAACUUUGACCCCCCACUUCCACAAAUCUCUACGCGAAUGUAGAAAAUUGCACGCCAGCAGCACACGUAAUAUAAAUAUAUUUAUAAAUAUAUAACAGCUGUUAUAUCCCGCGAAUCGCGCGCGCUACCGCAAUGAUUUUUUUCUUCUUCUUUGAGCAGCCUCUUACAUAUUUUAUGUAUGGCGCCGCCGUCUAUACAUUUUAUAUAUACUUGUGUCCUUCCGGAUCAAAUAAUAAAAGAUGCAAAGCGAGUGAAAAAAAAAGUAAAAAAAAGUAUAAUAUUAUAUUUAUGCUGUCUUUCACACUACCUCCCUUUUUCCUUCCCCCCGCCGGUAAAUUAUGCAUUUGUAUGUAAUUCUCUAUAAUUAUCAAUCUCAUUUUGUUUUUCUUUCAUCUUUUUAAACACAUCUCGGUCUAGCUCUGCUCGUUGAUAUAUUUACAUGGCCAAUAAUAUUUGAAAAUAUGGCGACAACAUUUUUUUCAAUCUUUUGUCUCAUGUUCCUUAUAAUCUCUAUCUCUCUCUCGUUCGUCGAUUUUUGAAUUUCCCGGUCUUUUUUUUGUAAUUUUCGAGCCAAAAUUAAAUGAAACGACAUGAAAUUGAUUUGCAAACGUUGUGUCUUUUUUUCUUUUUUAUGGAAAAUAAAAUCUUUGAUUAGUCUCA